AUGGAAUUCUUUCAAAAGGCGAAGAAGGUCCGGCUCCGGGGCCGGGGAGACAAGCACCUAAUAGCCGCCGAUGACAAAGAAACCGUGGUACAAUGCCGGAAUGGGUCCUCUGAAAACGCUGUUUGGAGGGUGGAAGUGGUGGAAGGGAAAGACGUGGUGCGCCUGAAGAGUUGUCACGGGAAAUACCUGACGGCCUCUUGCGUUCCAUUCAUUCCGGGAGUCACCGGAAAAAAGGUCCUCCAGACAGUGCCGGACAAAAACGAAGCAGCGUCAACGGAAUGGGAGCCCAUCAGGGAUGGAUUCCAGGUGCGGUUAAAGACGCUGCAGGGAAAUUAUCUGCGCCCCAACCGCGGAUUGCGGCCGUGGAGAAACUCGAUCACCCACGACCCGCCAAACCGGCACCGGACGUAUGAAAAGGCGCUGUGGGACGUGGAGGCGGUGGAGGAGGAGGAGUAG